UGAGAGAGGGCAAAAAAUCAAAGUCCAAGGUAAAGAGUGGCAAUAGAUCAAUUAUGAUGUAAGGAGUGGCAAAUUGUCAAAGUGCAAAGUAACUGGUGGCAAAAAGUCAAAAAACCCCACUAACUUGGUGCUAGAUACAUCCAUUCGAGGGACAAGCUUUUUUGAAAGGAGGGAGUACUUGUUUAAUGUUCUUUAAAAUGCUUGAUUAACAUUUUUCAAAUACAUGUUCAACUACACACAUUGUAUAUUUUUUGUAUCCAUUUUUCAUAUGUAUGAGAAAUAUUUUCUCUAUACACCUUUAACAUUUUUCAAAUACUUGGUUCACAUGUUUUUCAAUUUUUUUAUGUAAAGUUCUUGUGUGUAUUUGGUAUAUUUGGAACUACGAACAAAAGUAAAAAACCAGAAAAAAGAAAAAAAAACGAGGUUGGGUCUCCCGCUCGUCUGGGCCGCCCCAACUCGUGCGUCCCUUCAGGCGAGGGUUCCCGGCCACCCCUAUGUCUCACCCCAGCCGCCGCCCCGCUCCGAGUUAGGCCCUCGACCUCCGCCACCGAUCCCAGCCUCCGGACGGGAAGCGUCGCUUCGAUUCGGCCAUCCCUCCGGAGACGAGCCUGCUGUCUGUGUCUGAUGUUAGCCUGGAGCGGCCAGACCUUUCGGAGGUAGCAUGGGAGACGAGGCUCGCUCUGGCUGAACGACCAUGUCCGCUGGUGGUGAACCCUGAACAGAGGGCCCUUAUUGAGCCAGCUAUGAAAAAUUCAGACAAGUAUAUGCAAGAAAUCAGAGAGUAUUGGAAGAAGAUCGAUGAGCUAAAUGCAACCCUUCCUGAGAAGGAUCAGUUCUUCACUGUUUCUAUUCAACCUCGAUGUCCAGAACCAGCUUCCUUUUUCACGUACUACAGACUCUAUGCAUUGGACAACACCAAUCCAACUCCCCUUACAAGCAAACGAUUCACAGAACCGAGAAAAGACUACCCGGUAUUGACUAUGCUCCAAAUAUUCUCAUUCAGAUAUGUUGGCGACUUCCUGGGUGAUCAGAGCAUGCUAGUAUAUGGGUUCAUUGCUAUCCGGGAUGAGUUGGAUUGUCUGCGCAAUUACAUCUUCAACUGUCCUAGAGAGCAGGCGCACGAGAUAACACCGGAUUCCGGGACGUUGCCGCUCAUAUCUCCUGUUCGUGGGAACUCUAUUCUCGAUGGUGUUCUUCUUGAGUACAGCCUGAAGGUCAAGUCUAAUGGCAGUGACAACGCUGAGAUGGAUUAUGUAUUAGCUGAUGGUUGCAUUGAAUAUACAGAUCACAUGAUUCUGCGUGGCACUACACUGAAGUCGAGGCUUUUUGGCAAGCUUGGCCCAGUGGACUUCCAUUAUGCUUUCCUUAGCCAGGGUAUCGAAGCAACAGUUGACAUUGAGAUUCCAAUGGCUAGUCCAGCUUGGGGCCUGAAGGCAGUGACUGCAUUUACCAGUGGACUUUCAGAUGCAAUUGUGCUGUAUGAUGGGUCUACUGAUUCUUCUCCUGCACAAUCAGUGUUCCCUAUAUCAUCAGUUGUUACUGUUCAACUGGGUCAUGAGCUAAAGCUUAAUUUUGACAUCACCUCUAAGGAUACUGUGCGCAAGGGGUGUGCGAGGAGGUUUGUGCCCUGGAAAGCAGCGUCGGCGCAGUACCAAAGGCCUGAUGUUGUGAUGGAUGGAGAGCCGGAACCAAAGACAUAUUCCCGUUUCCUCACUUUCAUUUCACAGAAAUGUUCAUUUGACAGUGGUAAAGUCUCAGUCGGUGACGAGUUCAAAGCUGAGGUUACAGUGAUCUGGUCUACCAUGGGGCCGUAUUGAUCGGUGCUGUCUGACUGCGGUGAAAACUCCAGCGCGAAUCAAUGAAUGGAUGAUGUGUGGAGUGCAAACGGCAGAUAUCCUUGUUCCAGUUCAAGUUCUACCAUUAUUCUUCUUGUUAGUCAUCACUUGGUAGACGGAUCAUACUUUAAUUGAAUGUACCGUGCGCCAUUUGGAGUACUCUGAUCCAGCUUUACCUUUGUGUAUAUAUGUUGUUCUGGUGACUCCUGAUUUGAUACUUCGUACGUAGAACUGUCUCCUUGCUUUGACUGGUUCUCUCUUGUUGACGUUGAAAUCAAAUAUCGAAGGGUUGA